GUUCCAAGUACGCUUUUAUUUUGAAAGCACGGACAGGAAGAUUUGUGACUAUCAAUCAGGAACAAACUUUCUUGCAAACUACGUAAUACUUUUCCAUUCCUUUACUUUCGCUGGUGGAGAAUUCGGUCUUAGGUCCAUUUAUCUCCAUCUGACCCGUGUGCGUGUACACAAAUGGCGAACGAGGCGCGAUCGUGUCCCUGUGAUAUUGGGGAUCGAAUGGAGUAUGGGGGUCUUGGCGAGGAGGUUCAGAUCGAUCACUUUAAAGCAUAUUUAGUCAAGCCACAAGCAGCAUCUGAAAAGGCAAUAAUUGUCAUCCAAGACAUCUUUGGAUGGGAGCUUCCAAACACGAGAUACAUGGCUGAUAUGCUCACUACCAAUGGAUACAUUGCUGUUUGCCCAGAUUUCUUCCUCGGAAAGGAGCCAUGGAGUCCAUCACAUGACCGGGCUACAUUUACCACAUGGCUUGAGGACAGAAAGCCGACCAACAUCAACAAAGAGGUGGACUCACUGCUGAGGUUCUUGAAGGAGCAAUGUGCUGCCAAAUACAUCGGAGUAGUAGGCUUUUGCUGGGGUGGGAUUGCCACUCAUUACCUGGCCUUGAACAACCCUGAGAUUAAAGCUGCUGUGUCUUUUUACGGUAUCAUACGUGAAGAAGGGGACAAGUAUAAUCUGAAGAGUCCAACCCUUUUUAUCUUUGGAGAAAAUGACAAUUUGAUUCCACUGGAUCAGGUUAAUGGUCUUGAAGCAAAACUAAAGGAGAAAUGCACCGUGGAUUACAAGGUGAAGAUCUUUCCUGGCCAGGAUCACGGGUUCGCCCACCGUAAGCGAGAGGACAUCAGCCCUAAAGACGAGCCGGGAAUUAAGGAAGCCAGAGCUGAUAUGAUCAACUGGUUGAACAAAUACAUUUGAAAUCACGGCAAAACACAAAGAAUUGGUGCUUUCACAUGGUGGCACUUGGAUAAGAACCGUUUAUGUCACAGACAAUGUUCAAGCAUAGACGACGUGGGCUUAAUAAAAGGUAGGGCUGUCAAAAUUAUCGUGUUAACGGGCGGUAAUUAAUUUUUUAAAUUAAUCACGUUAAAAUAUUUGACGCAAUUAACACACAUGCCCUGCUCAGAUUAAAAUGACAGCACAGUGCAAUGUCCAAGUGUCCAUGUGCAAUGUUUUUGGAGUUUUGUCGCCCUCUGCUGGCGCUUGGGUGCGACUGGUCUCAUGGGCUUAAGCACCCAUGAGCAUUGUGUAAUUAUUGACAUCAACAAUGGCGGGCUACUAGUUGAUUUUUUUUUAUUGAAAAUUUUACUAAUUUUAUUAAAACGAAAACAUUGAGAGGUUUUAAUAUAAAAUUUCUAUAACUUGUACUAACAUUUAUCUCUU